AUGAUCGACCCGGCCCGCCUUAUCCCGUUCGACACUUUGUCCUUUACCACCGCCAACCCAAACGCCAAAGUACGUAUUCCCUCGCUCCUACUCCCGCUACAGCUCACCAUUCGUAGUAUGACACUCCUAUACAUUAUCUCCACCCUUCUAUCGAGCCCCACGCGCCGCGCUGACCGAACGGCGUUGGAAAUCGCCGCCCAAGUAGCACUGAUCGUGUGGAAACAACGGAUCGACGCCGCGAUUGGAUUCGACGCGCGCGAAAUUGAACGCUGGAACAUCGUUAAGCAUGGAAAUCGCAAGGAUCCCCACCAACACGCGACCAUGCGAGCGUAUAUCACCGGACGACCGGUCGCGACAAUCCAUUUGUGCAUGACGAAGAAGUUCACCGCGACGGGGAUUACAGUCUGGGCGAACGGCGUGCCCAUGACCGCGCAGCGCAUGGAUUUAGUUGGGGAAGUCUAUUAG